AUGCCAGACUGGCAGAAUGGAGAAGUAGGACCAAAAGUUGCAUACCAUACUGUUAGUUUUGGUGGUUCCCAGAAUGAACUUUUGGUAAUUUAUGGAGGAGAAUCACUCGAAGAAUAUCCACCAACAAAUUCGUUAUUUUAUUAUGACACAGCCACAGAAAAUUGGGAAAUUCCUAUUAUAGUAGCAUCUAAAAGAAGACAAGAACAUACGGCAGUUACCAGAUUAAAUGAUCCGUCAAUUUUCAUAUUCGGUGGAAUUUCUGACACCAAUGAUACUAAAAUACAGCUAAACGAAUUAUUCGAUUUGAAUAUUAGUAAUGGUUCAUGGAGCACUUUAAGUCCCGAUGAAAAUACACCUUCGCCAAGAUAUCAUCACACAGCCACUAUACUUUCUGAUGGUAAAAUGUAUAUAAUAGGUGGAAUCUCGGGUGAAGAUUUAGUUGAUAUAUCACAAAUAUAUGUUUAUGAUACUUAUAAGAGUCAAUGGUCCGUUCAGAAUGCAACCGGGAAUCCGCCGUUAAAUCGUAGAGACCACGCCGCUGUUGGAACAAAUGAUGGGAAAGUAAUAAUUCAUGGAGGUGUAGAUAUAACAUUUUUAAAUCCAUAUCAAGAUAUUGGAGUUUUAGACACAACAAAUAUUCCUUACAAAUGGCUUUCGAUUAAUGUGGAGGGUAGCAUUCCUCCUGGAAGGUACUCUCAUACCGCUACCAUGGUUGGAACUAAUAUGAUAAUAGCGUUUGGUUUAACGGUAAAUGAUACUUCAGAUGCAAAUAUUUAUACUCUUGACACGACAACUUAUAAGUGGGUUGAUGAAUAUCAACCUAAUAAUUUAGAAUACACCAGCACAACGCCACCCGAAGUAAUGAAACAAAGCCCAGAAGUGAAACCAACAAAUACGAAAAAAUCCUCGGAAUCCACAAAUAUAAUGAUAAUAGUAUUAAUAUGUAUAGGUAGCAUGUUUAUAUUAUCAAUAUUUUUGGGUAUAACAUGUUAUUGGUACACUCACAGAACGGAAAAGGAUAAUAAAUUUCAUUCUAAGAGUUUUUUGGAACCACGCCCACAAUAUCCAAUAAAGAAUGAAAGGACGCUAACGAUAGAUGAUUCAAAUCAGCUGAUUAGUUUGCCACCAAUACAUCCAUUUACAAUUACGGAUGAAACACAAGAAAUGACAUUGGAGGAUAGAGUGAUGGGAGCUGAUAUCCAAACAAUUAAUAGGUCUUUAGUUCCUAAAGCUACUUUGCAUGUAGUAAAUCCUGACAAAGAACAAGAUGAUAAAGGUGGUGGUUGA